AUGUCGGGUCCAAUCGCACAGAGCGUCCCUCCGGAGAACGUGGGCGAUCAGAUCGACAGGAUGUGUCGCCUGCUGGAGGCGAGCCAGCAGCAGUCCGACGAAGCAAUCAAGACAUUGACCGAAGCUCAGGCUAGGCUCGAAGCUGAGAUUGCUGAGCUGCGUAGAUCCGCUGACACCACACGCAUUACCCAAGCCAACAACAAUCUCGACUCUGGUAGACCCGAAGUUCCAAUCGACCGCGUCAGUUUGCCUCAGCAAAACAUGAACCUCGGUAGUGAAAGAUCCCAAGGUCUCCUGCCACCCUCCGGGGUCGAAGAACGACGAGCCCCACUCUGUGACACACAUAUGCGGACGGAAGCAGAACCCAUCGGAUCCGCUCAGCCAACAGCCAAAAUCAGGCCUCAACAAACCACACGUCAAGCCACACACGAUUCACCCCCUAAAGACCAUGUUCCCUCGAUCCGGUUCUUAGAUAGUUGGAAAGAAGAUAUGAUGAGAGAAAUGAUGCAGAAGUUCUCAGACGGGCGAUCUGUUUACACCACCGAGCAUUUGGAUCUAGUGUCAAGAACCACUGAGAAAUCUCCUUUCUCAGAGUGGAUUCAGAAUGAGCCUAAGCCCCGGGACUUCAUCAUCCCUUCCCUGCCUAUGUUUAAUGGAAAGGGAGAUCCGCUAAACCAUCUAUUCCAAUUUCAGCAGAAAAUGGCAUUAGAAGCUAACAACGAAGCUAUUCAAUGCAAGGUCUUUUCAACGACUUUCUCCGAACCAGCUUUGUUAUGGUUCCGACAGUUAAAUCCCGGAUCCCUCAACAGUUUUAGUGACCUCCGACGGACUUUUUUACAACAAUAUAGUGCGAACCGUGAGGCACCAAGAACAAUGGCUGACCUCUAUCAGAUUGAGCAAGGGGAAAAUGAACAUCCGAAAGCAUAUUUGCAGCGUUACAUUGACCUCGUGCAUCAAAUCCACGACGUCGAUCCAAUUACCGCAGCCAAUCUCUUCAUCAGAAGCUUGCAGGUGGGAUCUCUUUUACAUGAAAACCUCACCAUGACACCACCCUACGACAUGGCAGAAGUGCAGACCCGAGCCGAGGGCAUCUUCAGGGUUUUGGAAUUUCGAGAAUGUGCGCAGAAGAAGUCUGCGCUCAUCUCUGCUCCACCAACAAAUAACCCUCCGCAACCUGCUAGAGAUGACAAGAGGAAACGAAACCAAACAGAUCACGCGAAGGAAGGAAAAAGGCUAAGACAGGACCGACAGUCACCACGAUACCCUUCCUUCGAAUGCACCGUCCCGCAAGAAGUCAUUUAUGAAGAAAAUAAAGAAAGACCUAUCUGGCGAGAGCCCUAUAAAAUUACCACUCCUUCUGACAGGAGGGAUAAAAGUAGGUAUCGCCUCUUCCAUAAAGAUCACGGCCAUACGAUCGCUGAAUGCCAUAACCUGAACAAUCAGAUCCAAGCCCUCAUGAGAAGCAGGAGGCUUACCCAAUACAUCAAGGAGACAGGCAGACCCGGCACCUCGCGGCAUAAUCCCGCUUCUACCCCAGCACCACAAGCGUCAGAUCCCGUGCACACAGCCUCUGAUAGCACUCAGGAGCCUCUUAAGCAAGUCCCUAUGAUCCACGGGAUCGUGGAACUCACUGAGAACCAAGAGCAUAUCACCGAAAUCCAUAAGUGGAUGGAGGAACGAGUGAAGUGA